AUGAACCCAACGGAAUCAAAAUUAUUUAGUUCAAGAGAAAAAGCAGCUGAAGACCAAUACAUUCGUCAAAAGGAAGCGGAACAAUUAAAAGCAUUAAAGGCUUCUAUGGACGCUGCGGCCAAGAAAGACAAUAAACCUGAGAACAAAUAA